GUCAGGCACUCGAGCGACGACGCGGCACUGUGUGAAGAGUUGCAGGAAGUAGGCAGUUCCAGUCAUGCAAGCAAAAGUGAUGGCUCCCGUUUUUGUAGCAUUCGUCGUGGCUGUGGCAGCCAUCUCGGCGGUCGCUCCUCAAGAACGCCUGGACUGCCCUGCCGUGGACGACAAGGGAGACAACGCCACCUACCUACCAAACCUGUACAACUGCUCCCAAUUCUACGUUUGUGCUCAGGGUGUCCCAAUGCUGAUGGAAUGCAAAGGUGGCCUUCACUUCAACCGCAAGUUGAACGUGUGCGACCGCCCGUGGAAUGCUCUCUGCGUCGCGCUCUCUCUACCAGGUUCUGAACUGCCGACUACAGUAGUUCCUGUGCCAACCGAGAAGGUCGUCAUCACAAAGACAGUCAAGGAGGUCUACAGACCCGUCGACGAUGAGGCACCUCAAUUGUAAACAAUAAAGCUCUUGCUGUGGCACGAGAAACGCAACCGGUGCAGCAUAAAAAAAGUCCAGC